AUGACAGAAGAUGGUGGCUUCGUGGAUAUAAAUGAACAUCUCCACGAGGAAAUAUGCUCGCCCAGCAAUACUGCCGAAAACUCUCCACAAACGUCUGACUUCAAGCUUCAUCCCGCUCCUACAGAGCCGAAAAAGACCGUCCUUUCUUCAAGUCUAUAUUUCCUCUUGGCAUGGCAUAUUGGUACCGCCAUCUCCAUCCCGGCGACGGUUUUUGUUCUUUACCUGAACGUAUCAGAGUACUCGAUUGACCCCCGUCUUGGAUUGAACCAUGCUGAAACGUCGAAUAUUAUUGCUGGUCUGCAGCUCCUUGCCAAACUUCACGAGCUGAUGAUCAUCACCAGUCUGGUCAAUAUCACACGGCAGUGGAUACAGCGUAGCCUACUUGAUAGGAAGGGUACCCCACUGGGAUUGGUCGGGGCCGAACUAUCGAUAAUGAAUGCCAGGUAUCUGAUAUCGGACGGGUACUGGGCAGCGGUAAAGGCGGUAUUUGGUUCUUUCAGUCGAACAAAGGACCCGGAAAGGAAAUUACAACGAAGAAACCAGGGGACCAUGCUAUUUCUACUCGCCUUUCUGCCUGUGGCUUGUUUGUUGUGCUUAUUGGUAGGGCCCGCAAGUGCAACCUUGAUGAUUCCUCGACAAUACUGGUUUUUUAUGGAGAUGCUCGAUAUCAUGAGCUACUCGCCACCAGUCCUAAACUCAAACUAUCCCAACAUCUUCAUCGACUCACGGCUUUCACCACUCGAGAAUCAUGGAGGAACGGAGAGUAUGGGGUAUGAGAAUUACUGGAGGGCUUUAUGGCAAAACACUACCUACUCAGCAGAUUUCUUCAAUGAGCAUGACAAGCUUACCCACCUCGCCCCCAGCUUAGGAGUGGUGGCUAUUAAUAGCACCACAAGCUGGAGAAGAUCGCUGUCAGUUGAUGCUGAAUGGAAAGGAAAGAGCAAUUUCAGAAGCAUCAUGAUUAACAAUCUGAUGAUUUACUAUAGCGCUUGGUUUCGCUUUAGGGGACAGAAGCCCAAGGUUCUGCAGAAGUAUACUCAGUUCCCAACCCAAGCCACGACAGAGAUGACAGGGCUGGAGAUGGACAUUGUCUGCAGGUUGAGGGCCAAAAAGAGUUGUGUUAAUGCCUCUUCUGCAGAUGACAAAGAGUGGUGUUAUGUUCCUGUUUUCGAGGAACCAAUCAUGGGGGGACCUCUUCGAAGUAACAGGGACCUCCUGCUGAUCUCAGAUCAUAGGCCGUUCAAUUUCCAGCUGGAGAGCAAUUACGGAAAUCCCCCGGAUUACAUACUUCCAAAGAUGUACAUAACCGAGGGCCCCCGUAUAGAGGGUAAUGAACGAUUUACCAACUCCAUUGUGUUUGUUUUCGAAGAAUAUGUGGGAUCAAACCUCUUCGUUUGCAGUACCACCAACGCAACACUCAAAGGUGCCACCGUCAUUAUCUCCGACCUGACAGCGAUGCAAAGUCAUAUAAAAGCAGAGUAUCACGAAUACAUAUCUCACUUUAAAUUCGAUAACGUCACGACCACUCUAGAACCACCACGACCCUUGAUCUACCACGAACAUUGGCUCGAUACCUUACACAUGUACGACUACGAUAGAGAAAGGGCCGCGCUUGUGGAUCUUAAGAACCAAUCAGCCGAUGGUCUAGAGACACCAGAUUACAGCACUCCGCGAUUCUCUCGCGGGGAAACGAUCAAUUCGAAGUUGAAGAACUGGGGGGCUGCUGUUGUACAGUCUGCUACACUUUAUGGUGGCCCAAUCUGGAUGAGCGAUAACAAUUGGACUCGUCACCUAACUCAAACCGAGGCACCGGAGUUUGCCCCGCUCCCGGAGAGCCCGGUGCUACCGCCUCGGAGCUAUAUAGAAGCUGGGAUAGUCGAGAUCGCUCUCGGUGGUUCAUGGUUCAAUAUGCUCCUCGACACAGCGCCAAGCGCAUCCCAGUACCAAUCUAUAUACUCCCUCGUGUACAUUCCCCCGGCCAUCAAAGAGGCUUAUCCCGAACCAAUACUCAACUAUAGUUCAUCUUUCUACAGGCCUCUCGCUCUCCACCAUUUUGUGUAUGGAUAUCGCCUGUCGAGUCGCACCAGUGUCAUUGCAGCCUUUCUUCUAUCGCUUCACGCGGUUAUUGCUCUCGCCGGAUCAAUAUGGCAGCUGCGACAGAGAUGCGUUAUUAUCUCAUGGGGGAGCAUUCCCGAGUAUGUUACCUUGUGUGUUGGUAGUCUGCCUUUGACUGAGGGAAUCAAAAACACCUGUGCGGGUAUUCAAAAGGCGGAGACACUACAGCGCAGGAUGAGGAUUGGAGAAACUGUCAAUCAACAUUUAGAGAUAGCGGUCAUGGGAAGCGGCGGGGAAUUGAGCAUGAUCGAUGUGGAAAAGAAAAGGAAGUAUGGAGACUUGGACUGA